AUGUCUUUUGCCAAAGCCUUGUCACCGGCGAUUAGGGAGAUACGGAUUCUGUGUUGUCAGACGGGAUUGGCCUCGGCGGGAACACGCCAAUUCAUCUCGUCGACAUAUCCAAUUCUCAAGAAACAUAACCCAGACCUCCCAAUUCUAAUCCGUGAAGCGAAGGGGACGCCAGCGCGGGUUUUUGCGAGAUAUGAGCGCGGUGUAGAGAAGCAUGUCGAGGUGGAUAACCUGUCGUCCUCAGAUGUGGCGUCGAAAGUGGCACAGCUCCUGAACGUGUCAUGA